AAUUACUUACCCCUUCUCUCCUUGAACAAGCGAUGGACCGAGUAGUGGCCCUCGUCUCUAGACAUACUGUCACUAUAUCAAUCUUGUAAGAUCUCCUUCGGCCCCGAAUGUCAUAGCACGGACCUAAAUACCCAUCAUUCAUUCAUCCAUCAAGGUUAUCUCAAAGCUUCCUGGUAACGCCCUCUUGGUCAACUUCGGAUAUCCUAUAACACACUCACUCAUGUCAUCGCAAGUAGAAGAUGGACAAUGCGUCUUGGGACAUUACGACAUAUCACCCUGCCAUCAGGACUGCCUUUGGUAAACUUGGCCGAUCACCUUACUCCGUGGAAACCAUACAUUCCGGUCCCUAUACCAAUACUACGGAACAACGUAUUCACCGAUGCCUACGCGAUUUCAUUCAUGCUCAUCCAGAUUCAUUCAUCGAUUUCGUUCAAGCUGAGAUCACUCGUUCAACCCCGCACGAUGCUGGAGGAGGAAAUGGAAUGCGAUAUCAUCUUGAUGGCCGGUUGGCAUUUUCACUCCGACUUGAAAAGGCUCUGGGAGAAGCGGAAAAGAUGAUGAGUCAACUGGCCCUGGAAUCUUUCUCGUCCUUCGGGUCACUCGGGGGGAGUCAAAUUUUAUCCGACCUACCCUCAGGACCUAGGGUCGACACUGGGCGUCCGGAUGACGAGAACGAGGAUCAGGAUGAAGAUGAAGAGAUGUACACUGCCUAUGGAGGUUCUCCAACCUCUCAAGCUUACUCGACUCCAUCACCCUUUGUCAGAACGGAGAAGUACAGUGUGGUCGAGACGACGUCUACGAAGAGAAGAUUAGAGAUAAAUACGUCACCGAGCGCUCAGAAAAAACGUCGGUCCAGUGAAGAUCGCAAAAUGGGACCCCCCAUUUCUCAUGUGUCUUCCAACAGACCUUCACUCAUCCCGACCGUGUCGACCACUUCGGUCGAUACCAGAUCCUCUGAUCCUUCAACGACACUAGUCACCCCCUCCACCCCACUCGUACCUGAUUUCUGUUACCCAGAUCCCGAAGAGCCGUUCACAGAACCUACAUCCAGUGAUGUCGACGGAAUCGUCCAUGCCUUUCCAAAGACCAGACUCGAGACAGGGGUGAUACCGACCUCCUCAGCCACGACAGUCUCCUGGAAACCUAUCUCGUUAUCAGAGGAAGAUCAACGCACCGUCCUCGUCCUUCCCCGUUGCCCCUACCAAGCGAUGCUCUACAAACAUGAUGUGAAAUUUCAUGUCCAAUGGGAGCUGGAGAGAGCCCUUGCCAGGCAUCCUGUGCUCUCGUGGGCUGAUUUCGAGACGGGUGAUUUCGACAGUCUACAAGGUUCCGUAGUCGAAGCCGCUCCCCUCGUCCGACCCCUGUUGGACAAAGUGCUAGCAAGGAAGAGCGGUACUGCCUCCGCCUCGGCAGAAGAUAUCUUGCUCCUACAAGGCGCCAUGGGUCAGAAGAGGUCGAAGAUGCUACAUGAAAUAGAUAGAGAGGAAGCUUCCAUUCGUGCGGGUGACUUGUCAGGCUGUGGUACAGGGGAUGAUGGAUGGUAUGGCGGUAAGAUUAACUACUCAAUCACGGUGAAAUCGGUCUCCCUCCGCUCUGAGGAAUGCGUUACUCUUCUGUCCGAUUCUGUGCAGGAUCUUUAUCAUCAACGUGACAUACUUAAGACUGAAGGUCCCAUGGAUGAUCCAGAAAAUCCAAUGGGUAUCACAAGUAUCACCAAGCCUGUCACGAGAUUCCCAUUCUCAAUGACUCUUCGUCAGCCAGACAUGCAAGGCAAGUCAUUUCGCUUGGCCAGACGAUUCGGCUCUCGUCGCGUCAUCACCUUCAAGAUUGACGUCAAAGAACAAGACCGCAACAAGCUGUUGUCACUUUUCAUUGGUCGAGUUUUCGUAAUAUUCGGUAGAGCCUAUCAAGCUCUCUGGGCACCGGCAGACCGAGAUUCAGUCUUUGCCAUCGAGACCAAUCAUAGUGUACCUAGUGUGACAUAUUCUGGUCGAUUUACACGGGAACCUGGAAUGCCAACUUUUGCAGAGAUCCUACAAAGAUACAACGAUUUGACUCUGAAACCAUCCCAAGCUGUCGCUAAGUGGGCUGCAAGACCUCAAAUCCUCUUCUCGGAUUCAGUCCCUGCCACGACCGUCAGCCCUGAAAGUAUCAUGGUAAUCGACGAUAUCAUCACCGCCGAGGCUGAUGCUGUUGGACAUGCAUCCACUGAGCAGAUUCUCACGGAUGGUUGCGGUCUGAUGUCCGAAGCCCUUGCAAGCCGCAUGUAUGCUCAUGCGGACAUACGUCCGUCCUCAGGUCGAUCUUGUGUCGUGCAGAUGCGUAUCGGCGGCGCCAAAGGUCUCCUCGCUUUGAUGAGCUAUCAACAAUCAAUCGAGUUCCCCAACGUGGAUAUCGUUCUUCGACCCUCGAUGAUUAAGGCCAUCCCCGACCCUCGUUUCGCUCAUGACGUGUCGCUUCUCACGCUGGACGUGAUCCGUUGUGAAAGUCUCAAGAUUUCUACCACACUUUCUGCUGAGCCGAUUGCUCUGCUUGUGCAUAACGGGGUACCUGCAUGGCUUUUCUGUGAUCGCCUGAUCCAAGGUCUCGAUGAUCUCAAGGACGCUUUCACGACACAACCUCUGGCAGGUGAAAAUAGAGAGGACGUUUCAGUUCGUAUCGCUGCCAACUGCUAUGGUCGUGGUGGAGUUGGAACAGAACGCAAGAAACGACUCGUGGUGGCCUCGGGGAGAUCUACGCGCGCUGCUGGCAUAACAUGGGAGUCCACGAUGGAAAACGAUGAGACUGAAGAUGGGGAGUUACCCCCUCUGAUCCAUCCUUCUGAGAGGUACGACGUAGAUCCUAUCAGCGGACAGUCCGGAUCCAUUGCUGAAAGCCUAAUGGAUGCAGUCGCUUCUGGCUUCCAUCCAUCCGAAUCGGGAUAUACUUGCUCUAAACUCAAAUGGCUCGUUCACUCCUUAUCUUCCAAAGCCAUCCGAGAAUUCCGUAUUCCAGUGGAACAAUCCAUGUCAGCUUUCAUUGUCCCGGAUUCUCUUAGUGUGUUAGGCCCAGAUGAAAUAUUCGUCUCCUUCUCAUCUAUCGCCCCUUCUGAUCCGGUCACAGGAUGCAGGAUUUCAUACCUUGAAGGACCUGUUCUAGCUCUACGAUCACCUUGCAAACUCCCUUCGGACAUUCGUAAAUUCACCGCGGUGUAUCGACCCGAACUCGUCCAUUUGACAGACUGCAUCGUCAUGUCUGCCAGAGAUGAUUGUCGUCGCUCUCCUGCGUCUUUCCUCGGUGGAGGGGACUAUGAUGGAGACACCGUUCAAAUUAUAUGGGAUCCUGAAAUCGUUGGACCUUUUAAGAAUGCGGAUGACAGUUUCGCCGAUACUCCGCAAGAUUUUGAGAAACAAAAUUUUGUAAAAGAUAUCGUCAAAGGACACGAAUUUCUUGCUGCUUUGGAUGGAGUGUCCGAAGAGACUUUAGUUGCGAAUUAUCAAUCCUUCUUGCUAGCUGCUCUGAAAGAUGACCAUUUGGCGGGAACAUAUUCUGACUUGCAUGGUAAUGCGGGAUACAGAUUAGGAUACGAUCAUCCACUCACUGUUCGUCUGGCACGAAUGUUUUGUCUUGUUCUUGAUGCCCGCAAAAGUGGUCUACAAGUCUUGCCCCACAUCAAAGCGAAGGAUAAACGAGAACACUCCGGUGCUUUGGGAUGGAGACUUUUCAAAAAAGAUUUGGAGAAUAUGGAGAAUUUGAUACCUAUCAAACGUCCCCAGAUACUUGGACCAUUUGUUAUGGACCUUCUUAUGGAGAUCGGACAAAGACAUAGGGAUGAGAUGAUGCUCUCUUUCCCUACCGAAAUAAGUCCACCAAGCCGUAAAGAUUAUGAUCAUCUAUCUCCCUUUUAUCAUAACGUCGAAGGUUUAUCAAAAUCCUCACCAGUCAUGUCUGAGCAACUCGAUUUGCUUAAACAACACAUCAAAGCGUGUAAAACCAUCUGGGACAGUAUUCGUCAACGUCGUCUUUCCCGUUCGAUCAACAUUCGCCAGGCGUAUCUUGAUCUCAUGGCUGGACGCAAGAUCACACUCAUGGGUUCUAGAAGUGGAUUCAAUUCCGCUUCGAAAUCGAAUAGAUCUCGCAGUCCCAUCAAGGGGAAACCUUCAGAGACUAUAGAAGAAGAUUUGUUGAUGUUGACUCAAACCCGUCAUCUUUCCGCCGUGUGGCAUGAUGCACUCACCGUUUCGGAUGUUCCCAAUAUUUGUUUGAGGGAUGAAGAGUCAUUGAAGCGAUUGAAAAUCAGCUGUGCAUCUGUCGUAGCGAACGGAUAUCCCAGACCCUUGUUAUUCCCAUUUGACGUGGACUUUCCGACGACCUGCAGGAUGAAAUGCCUCGCAAGUGGUAUGACUCGUACUGUACUACAAGCCAUAUACGACAAUUCAAAAUUAUCCAUUCCCCCUCGACGUCUUCUUGACAUGUAACAUACCAUCACCAUCACACACCGUAUAUUUCAUAUCUCGUCAUAUCGCGCAUUCAAAUCAUAUAUACAUAUAUAUAUCAUGAAAUUUCUCCAUAUUC